GCAGUUUGAUCCUUUGCUGUGUAGGGGACAAUUGCUUGCGCGGAGUGACUUUCUAAUACAUCAACAUCCAUCUACUCUCACUGCUGCUGUUGUCGGACUGGCCCCUUUCAUUUGGAAUAGAAUACCUCCCUAGAGUAUAUUUAAAGAAGCCAUGGCCAAUACCCAAGUCAUUCCCCCAGGCGGAACCUGGUUCGAUACUCUCCAAAGAGGCUUUGAUGCAGUCCCCGUUUCUGACGACAACGCCAUAACAACCUCCGAGUUCCUCGAAGCUGCUGAGGCUCUGACGACGCUCUUUGAUCUCCUUGGUUCUGUUGCUUUUACUCCAGUCAAAAAUGACCUGCUGGGUAACAUCAAGAAAAUCAGAGAUAGACAGCUUGCUGCGCCCGCAGAAUCAGAGACUCUCCAAGCGCUCGUUCUUAAUGAAUUAAAAGCUAAAAAAAACACUGCCAGCGGUGGCUUGCUCUGGCUUCUCCGGGGCCUUGACUUUACUGCCAAAGCCCUUCGUCACAAUAUCUCCCACCCCAACGAAGAAUUGUCUGCCUCAUUCCGUGCGGCCUACGGCGAUACCCUGAAACCCCACCACAAUUUCCUUGUGAAACCCAUUUUUGUCGCCGCAAUGGGAGCAACCCCUUACCGCAAGGAUUUCUACAGGAAGCUGGGUGAUGAUCCGGCCAAGUGCCAGGCAGCUCUGGAACUGUCCACGGCUUCUUUGGAGAAGAUAGUGUCCAUCCUCAAGGACUUCCUGGAGACGCCAGAGGUGAAGAAAGCGAUAUCAUAGUAGCGUGGGAUAGAUUGAUGCCUUCUUCUUUGUCCGGUUUUCUUUGUUGUGUUCUCGAUUUCCCUCAAUAUUUCUCAUUGUUUCAAAUAUAGGGAACGAUUUCAUUUUGUGGCUGGAUCAAACCGAUCCCCCUUUUCCACAAUAGAUAUUCGAUUAUAUAUAUGACAUCACACGGCUGCCUUUUGGGCCACAAUUUCAACUGCGAAAACCCCAAUAUAUGCGCACUGCCAAUGAAUCGUGUUGAAGAACGGUUACAUAUAUACGGAGCAGUGUGCAAAACCUGUGUAAAUAGAUAUUGGGGAGAUUAAACCUCCUCAUAUGCUACAGAAAAUAAGGAAGUAAACCAAAUAGCUGAUCUAGUCAAUUCUACUCCAGUCAUCAUAGAGCAUAUCUCAGGCCUUUCAAGGCCGAUAUAGACAUUUUGCGCACUCGCUCUUGUACUCUACAAUGUCAGUAGCAGAAAGACAAGUACAGGACAGUAAAGAAGUAUAUCUAUUUGUCAGAGAGAUGUUGUACAUGUACAUGAUUCCAUGCCAUAAUAUUCACAUCAGACAUAUUAUUUUAUUUAUAAAAAGCCAAAACUAAAACAAAAAAAG